AUGUGGGCUUUUCCUUGCAUUUCGCACUGCAGUAAUGGUGCCUGGUCACCCUCUGUCAACAGUUUCCGUGACCCUUUUGAAAGCCCCAGCUGCUCGCUGACUUCCGUCUGGUUGGUGAUUGCUGACGCUUCUAGAUGGUGCGGCUGGCCAACACAUGGCCUGCGCAUCGGUGAGGCCUCCCAUCCAGGUCCGGCCCAGCAACUUCUCCUCUCCACGUUCUUUCCGCAGACAACCUGCCCAACAAGGCCCACUCCUCCGCCCCGCCGCCGACCACGUCCGCCGACACCAGGCCACAUCUGCGACAUUGCUGUGCUGAAUCCCACGUCCAUUCUGCACAAAGCCGCCCUUGUAAGCCGCGUUGGUGCCCACAUCCUGUGCGUGUCGGAAACCUCCGCGGUUGCUAGAGCUCAGCAGAUUGAGGGAGUGGCCCUUCGACGCCUGGGGUACACCUCCAGAUGGGGGCACCCGGUCGCCCCCCAUACCCGUGACGGUCAGGCGCACGACACGCUUCGGGGACUGGCCAGCGGGGUUGCCAUCCUUAGCAGCCUCCCAUCCAGACCGUCUGUGACACCGCUGCCCGCUGAGCCGUACCAGGCGGGCAGAUUGUGCGAAAGUUUCAUUCGGAUUGGGGCCAUGGAGGUUCGAUUCUUGGCGGUCUACGGCACGCCGGCGAAUAACCCCAAGGCACGUGAGCUGAACCAGACCUUGCUGCAGACUGCUUUCGACCGUGCCACUGCUAAUCGUAUCCCGUGCGUGAUUGCGGGGGAUUUUAAUACUGACCCGCUUGCCCUCCCGGCCGGUGAGCUCUUCCGGGCGCGAGGGUACCGCGAGGCUUUUGAGCUGGCCUACGCCCAGACGGGACUGGAGCUACCGCCAACGCGCAAAGGUGCCACACGACAUGACACCAUGUUGCUGCACCCUGCCUUGGUGGCGCUGUGGGAUAGUGCCUCUGUCCUUGUGCACUGUCACCUGUUUGAUGCCCAUGCGCCUCUCGUUGUGCGACUACACACACCCCAGCAGCUGCCUUGCCUUCAUCGCUGGACGUUGCCAAAGCCAUGGGCCCAGUACAAUCCUGACCCUGCCCUUCUUGCCAGUCAAUGUGAGACCCGGUGUCCUGCCGUGAUCGCGCAGGCUGAGCGAUGCCAAACGGUUGAUGACGUUGACAAAUGCUUCCGCUCCUGGUCCCAGACCAUCGAGCAUGCUGUGGACGCCUGCCUUAGCCGCCAGCACAGUGAGGACCCCAUUGCGCAGCCGCAGCUCGGCCUCUUGUGA